UGUUCCUCCAAAGCCACUGGAGAGGCGAGAAUAUUGAUAAAUUAACUCGCUGCGUUGGAUGAUCUGAAGAGUGUGAGCAAGUCUCACUGAGAUGAAAAUGUUCGGUUUCUCAGUUCUCCUUGGGGUCGUUUAUCUCGGGGAGCUGACCGGACAGGGCAACGUCCCGUGGAAGCCAGUUUUGUCUGUGAAUCCGGACUAUGGAGUGUUUUUGGAUGGAGAGAGAAUUGCUUUGACGUGUCAAUGUCAGUGCCCCAUUACAAUGGUCCGCUAUUACGAAGGUUGGGAGCUGUUAUCAGUCGCGCUCCCCAUUUUCGGAAAGUGCGAGGCAUCGGUAAAUGACUUGGUCGAUACAGGUCGAAGUUUCUACACCUGUGAAUGUGUAAGCCCUUGGGAUCAGCGUGAUUCAGCACGGAGCGACGUUGUUCUGGUGUCUACCGGAGACAUACCCGCGGCACCGACAAUCCAAAAAGAGGUAAAUAUGUCGGCAAAUUCAAACGGAGAGAAUGUUUUUGUUACCUGCAAAGGCGAUAUUCGUGAGAACGGGGGAACAUUUUACCUGUACAAAUGUGGGACCGCAGAUUACGAGCAGCAUCGUGCUGUUACUGGCCGAUUGCAACAUGUGACAUUUAGCAUAAAUGUCAGGAGCAAAAAUUUUGCGGGAAAUUAUUGCUGCGGCUAUCUAACGGAAGCUUUAGGAGAUCUAUACCGUUCACCGCUGAGUAAACCUCUUGCUGUUACUGAGGAAGAUAAAUACAUCACCUCGAAGUCCUCGUUGCGACAUUACUUUAGUGCCAUCGUACUCGUACUGCUGGUGCUCAUAGUUGUUGAACAUUUCGUGUCGGCAUGUCACCGAAAGGCAGGAAAACCAUUGGAGGGAACAGAUGAUUCAAGCCUUCGCAACAGUGAGGCGACAGUCGACGUGUCCCCCAGUUAAUUCACUGUUUCAAGCGUGUCUUCCGACGAUAUCCAGAAUAUAUUGUUAGUGCAUUGGGAGCGUUUCUGUUUUAUUUUCUUCCUGUCACGCUAUGCCAGCUGUUGGACAGAUGUAACUGUUCCGAAGUUGCUCCCUCUAUCUCUCUCUCGCUAAUGCAUAUUAACAUCACUGUAACCAUCCAGCACUACGCCAGGUGUAAUUAUCUCAUCAGAACACCCGAUGAAAAUGAGCAAGGCUGUCGGUGUUCAGUGAAAUGGAAAUUGAGCUAUACGCCACUUUUUGGUGUGAUACGUGGUUUAAGCAGAAACCCAUACCAGAGCUGAAGCUCAAAUUUUCUUGCUUUCGAAUAUCAUGGUGCAUGUGCUUUAGAAUAUAACUUUAAUGUUUGGGAAUAUAUCGUUUAGGAUGAGUGCUAACGAGCCUAUUAUAGAAGAGAUGAUGCUACAAAGCACCAGAUGAGCUUGCUUAACUAAAUAACUGGAGACAUAGCAUCUGGGAAUCUUGCAUUAGUGGUUUUUCCAGUAAAAUGUUCAUUUUUCAGGAGUGAGAAUGAAGGUAGAUUUUUUGAACAGUUAGCGAAUGACAUCAAUUCUGAAAUUCCAGAAAUAUUGCAAAACCCUUUUACUUCAUCAGAUCAAAAGGGCAAUUGAAAAUGGGGGGUGAUUAAUCUAAAGGUCAGUUAGAGGACCCACCAGUGUGAGCUACGAAUUCAUUGAGAUAGUAGAGAUUGGGGAGGUUCUCUGGUUUCAAAUUACCCGGGUGAUUGCUGGGCGACUGUUUUGUUUAGUUGCAGAUUGGACCUUGUGUGGUUUGCAGGUGACGAAGAGUUAGCUAAAUUAAAUGACUGUUAGAUAGACCCACACAUAAAAAAAUGGGCUUGUGGAAUACGUGUAAGGCUUAUCUCAGUUGGAAUUUUGUAAGGGAGCUGAAGAUGGGAAAUUUCAUUUUUUUUAAAUGACUGUAAUAUUCUACUGUGCCCCUCCAAACAGCCUCGCGCCACAGAAAGCAAUGUGUUGAUUGGCAAAGAAGUAUUGAAAGUAACCUCUACGAGGAGUGAGUCAGCCACACCCAAUACAACAUAAAUUAAAGUUUUACCUCUGAGGGCAGCUGGAGCUGUGGAGAAUUAUUCACAAGAUUUACAUACUUAUUGGCAUUUUUCAUAGAAGCAAGUAACUAAGAGAACGAUGUGCUUUGUAAUUUUUGGUAGAAGCAAAGAAUGAACUGAGUGAAUAGCAUAGGAAGUGAUAAAAUAGAUUGUUAAGGCCAUAUUGAUAGUUUUGUUUGUGUAUUUUAUAUGCAAUAAAUGUGUGAUUUUUAAAGAAAAA